AUGAAUAUCAAUUCUGUCCUCAUCUUUCGCGAAUCCUGGCCCGUCUCCGGCUCCCUGGAACCCGAUGAGCUCUACGAGGAGCUGCGCCGUGUCGACCUAUUCGACCAGAUCAUCUGCGCAUAUCACUCUCGGCUUCGACAAGCAUGGACCGGAUGGGGCGGCUUCUUCAUAGACGGCAAAAACCCCCAACCGUUGUUCCUGAGCGUUGAGGCAGAAGAUGCUGCCGUCCACGCCUACCUGCUGCAGGCGCUUGCAAGGUACACGCGCGUGGACGAGGAGGACCCUGAGGCUGACUGGAACAAGUUCGCCAAGGACUUCGGCAUGGUGGUCACUAAACCUGGUGCCCCGAAACACCCGGCAGACUAUCGUCCCGACAACCGUAUUCUCAUGGCUCAGUGCCUCGCUGUGAGGGGGUGGUGCUCUCGACAUGAAGAGUUUCUCAGAAGAAGAGAGGUCCAGCUCCAGCGAGGCAAGAUACGAGCACUGCACAUUCUUGAUCUGCCAAUGGACGUCCUGGCGUACAUGUUCGAUAACUUUCGACAUCGGUCCAUGUCCGGCUUGGUGGACUUGGGACGAGAGCAGCGCGAGGCUCAAGACAGAGAGCUCCGUCUUGAAACCAUCCGCAGUGCACGGCUCGUAUGCCGUGCCUUCAACAAGCUCGCAUCGCCUCUGCUCUGCCCGAUUCUCCACUUGAGCAUCGACUGGCAAUCCAUAGAUCGGGCGCGGAAGAUGAUCCGCAAUCCCCUGAUCCGCCCUGGAGUGAGAGGCGUCAGGCUAGGGCUGAGCUAUUGCCCAUCCGAGCUUGCCAUGGACGAAUCUCGGUUCCUUCUGAUGGUCCUAAAGGAGGUUAGAGAUCUGUAUCAAUACUGUUGUCUAGUAUUUGGUGAACGUGAUCACCGGAUGGUGUCGGCGCGAAACGGCUUCGAGACGAUACAUGAGGCCGUGACCAUGUACCGAGAAACUGACACUCGUAACUGUGGUCGGAGGACAGGAAUGCGAUUCGGAAGCCCACACAGGUAUGACAAGGUAAUUCGCAGAGGGUUCCAAGCCUAUAGAGACUUGCACGAUGAGCAGGCUGGUCUGUUGAGGAGCGGUGUAUUCACAAGCGCUCUCGCGUCGCUCCUCGCCAGUCUCCAAAGGCCUAUUGCCUUAAACCUCUUUUUCAACGACGCCUUUAGGCUCCCGUAUGCCAAAUCAAAUGGUAUACAGGGUGCGCCUAAAACGAAGCGAAUACCGGACAUAUUCGUAAACCCAGACUUCCUAACGGGUUACUUAGGCAAAGCGCACAGCUGCCACUUUGACAGGGACAUGGAAUUCGAGUCGGCCAAGUUCAUCUGCGAGCUACCUAUUGCAUUGGAGAAGGCGGGAGCUCUGGUCACCCACUUUGCCCUCCAAGACAUGAGUCACGUACGUUCUUUCGCACCUCUUGAUCCACGGAGGUAUCGGCCGCGCCUUGGGCCGCAGGUCGAUUGGAACAACCUUUCUUCCUUUUGCGGAAACUUGGAAACAUUUAAAUUGCUCUCUUGGGAAAGUUUAUCGGCCAGGGGUGUUAAAGAGACGGAUAUACACACCGUUGAAAGCUACUUGCGGGCGAUGUUGUCGAGCACCCGCCUCGUUGACGUAGAUGUCAACUUGGCCUUUCUAACGACCUGCAGGCGGCUCCCUCCAACUCCGGGACAUGGUUGGACUCCGCAGUGGCAAAUGCACCGAAUUCAAUCCAGGAUAUUCACUUCCCCAUGGCCUCGCAUACGCAAGGUCUCCAUUGACUAUCUUGCAACUUCGGAAGUGGAGCUUCGACUCUUUUGUCAGAAUCUAGGGGAUGGGGUUAUCCGUCUUUUCAUGGAAGAAAUCGAGAUAACCGGUGGCUCUUGGGGUGGUAUUCUUGACAUUCUCCGUGGGAAACUUGCCGCAAGGGUCAAGCUGAAGAGGUGCACGGUCAGAAUAUCAUCGCUGCACGGCGGUGAGGCUGGCCUGGUUGGGUCUCAGCAAAUGGGUAGGAUUGCUGAAAGGUAUGUGUCAGGGGAAGUCACGGAGACCCCCUGGGAGAGAAUAGGGCCGAGCUGA